AUGGCUCGUACAAAGCAGACAGCACGUAAAUCUACCGGAGGAAAGGCUCCUCGUAAACAACUUGCCACUAAGGCUGCCAGGAAGAGUGCCCCAGCCACUGGCGGUGUGAAGAAACCCCAUCGUUACAGGCCUGGUACCGUAGCUCUGCGAGAGAUCAGACGUUACCAGAAAUCCACUGAACUUCUGAUCAGAAAACUUCCCUUCCAACGUCUCGUUCGUGAGAUCGCUCAGGACUUCAAGACCGACCUUCGUUUCCAGAGCUCUGCCGUAAUGGCUUUACAGGAGGCCAGCGAGGCUUACUUGGUCGGCCUUUUCGAGGAUACCAACUUGUGCGCUAUCCACGCCAAGAGAGUGACCAUCAUGCCCAAGGACAUCCAGCUUGCCCGCCGUAUCGUGGUGAGAGAGCCUAAACUGAAAAUAAUGAAGCUAAUACUUCAGCGCAACGGCCCUUUUCAGGGCCUCUAA